GUAGACCUAUUUAUCAUUUCGGCGUCUCAAACUGCAAGCUGUUGUGCGGUCUCUACAGCCGCUCUGUGUUGUUCGCGUGGUGACAGGGAGCGACGAAUUGGAUAUUAAUUUCAUAAAUUGGUUGAUGGUGUGAAGAAAAAAGCUGUGAGCAGUCAAUUAUAAUGCUUUCGGAUAAGAAUGGAGAGAACUAUAGGAAUGGACGUCCUUCUAGAGAUGCCAGUUCGCAAUCAGACGAUAGCAGUGAUGAGUCGGACCAGGAGAGCGGAAUGCGCAUUGGGGAUGAAUAUCAAGCGGAUAUCCCAGAAUGUACCCCAGAGUCCAAGUAUGAUGGAAAACCUGAAGCCAUGUUAGUAUGGGCCCCCUCUCCAAAUUUGUCUGAUGCUAAGGUGGAUGAAUACAUUCGCAUUGCUAAGGAUCUUCAUGAUUACAAUAUGGAGCAGGCUCUUGGAAUGUUGUUUUGGCACAAGCACAAUAUUGACAGAGCUCUGUCAGACCUUCCAAACUUUACUCCUUUUCCUGACGAAUGGUCUGUGGAGGAUAAAGUUUUGUUUGAGCAAGCUUUCGGAUUCCAUGGGAAAAGUUUUCAUCGUAUCAAGCAGAUGCUUCCAGAUAAACCCAUCUCUGCCCUGGUGAAAUAUUUUUAUUCAUGGAAGAGGACCCGUUCACGGUCCAGUGUAAUGGACAGGCAGGCCAAGCGACUAGGGAGUGGUGGGGACAGUGAUGAUGGCUCUGGGAAUACAUCUAAUUCUGAUGAAGAGGACAAGAAUAAAGAUUCAAAAGAUAAAAACCGGUGUGUCAAUUGUGGUGUAGGAACUUCACAGCUCCAUGUGACUCCCAAAGGGUCGCUCUGUCAUAGCUGUUACCAGUAUUGGAGGCGCACAGGUGUGAUGCGAUCAGCAGGUCCCAAACGCCACGACUCUCAGAGCACAGGCCGACACAACCCCAUCAAACACAAACGUAAGCCCCCCAAGGGCAUGUACUUGGACCAGAACGACCUCCUGGCCAUGGUCUCCGGCCCACCCAACCAGCCCGAGGUCAUCCUCAAGGCUCUGGACUCAGAGCUGAUCUCCCUCAAGAGGAUGGUGCAGAAUAACAAGCAGCUGCUGAGUCAGCAGAAACACAAGAUGGGCACGGGUGUGGAUGACUACAAACCACCUGAGUCUGGAUUCAGAGUCAAUGCAAGGUGGACAAAUGAAGAGCUCUUGCUGGCAGUGCAAGGUGUGCGCAAGUAUGGAAAAGACUUCAAAGCUAUUGCGGAGGUGAUCGGCAACAAAACUGAAGCCCACGUUAGGAGCUUCUUUGUUAACUUUCGCCGCCGCUAUAAUUUGGAUGAAGUUUUUGAAGAAUACGAGCAAGAACACGGAACAUCAAAUGGAUCCAAGUCAGAUAUCAAAGAAGAAGAAGAUGAUGUCAAAGAAGCUGAAGUGAAGAUGGAGGUUGACUCGGAGGCUGCUGUAAAUGGCCACACAGGGUCGGAAACUUCAAAACCUAGUGAAGGGAGCUCAGCUAAGAAACCCGAUGUGGCUUCUGAUGGUGGGGAUGGCGUGAAGCCUGGGAGUAGUGCAAGUGUCUCAUCUACCUCAAAGGGUUCCAGUGAUCCGUCAGGUUCCUCUCUGAGCUCAUCAUCCGCCUCCGUUCCGUUGUCAGCCACCACACCCAAACCAGCUGCUGUUGCCGGACCAGUGCCAGUGACCACUGUCGCAUGAGGUCAAGGGUCACCUGGCCUGGGGAGACGCCAAAACCAAACACUCUUUUUGAUACAAAUGACAUAAUGUUGGGAGGUCUCACAGCUCUGGUGGAGAAACUAUGAGCCUUGGGUACCACAAGCGAGCCUGUGGGUAUCGUGGAACUGGUUUGUUUUUCUUUUGUGUGAAUUGUUCCAGCUUGGAUUAUGUCUGUUUGCCAUGCUAGUUCAGCUUAAGAGGUCCAUCAGAGCAUGUUGAUGAGUCAAGAAAGGUUCCAGCGUCUGUGUUUUAGCGUAUUAUAAACUGCCUUAAUCUCUUAUGCUCAACACUGACUUUUUUUUGUUCUUUAUAUAAUUUGUAUAAAAUGUAGGCCAAAGUUAGAAUGGGACAUUUCAAGCGAAAAAUCAAUUUCUUACAAUGUGUCUCGCAUAAAAAGCAAAUUUUACUUUCCUGUUGGCAAGUGGGGCUUACUUUUGCAAAGACAGGGUAUGUUUUUUUCUAAAUUCUGUUAGAUCAGAAUUUUAGGAAAACAAUUGGCAAAUCGUACUUCUGGCUGGUAGAGAUGACUGAACUAACGGUUGAGCUUUGAAUAAGUAUUUGGAGCAUAAUGAUAAUGAUCAUGUAUGUUUUUGUCAACUUGGCGGUAACGGUAUGGCUGAAUUUUCUGUUCUUUUGGCUGGGGCUGAUGAACCAAGGUUGUUAUGUCCAUGGAGAAAAGCGAGACCCUUUUGUUCUACUUGAUGUUGGGUUCCUUGCCACAAGUGAGGAGAAUAGAAUGUGUACAGGGUGUUGAUGUACAGCGCAGAAUGUCUUGACCCAAGGAUUGCCGUAGACUAGAUUGGGUUUCCCCACAUGUUGAGCUUGUUGCCAGUCGGGACAGUUAUGUCCAGUAUAGUUUUGUUUAGGCAAAUAGAAUUAUUAGGGAAUACUCUUUUCUUUAAAAAAAUAAAAAAUAAAAA